CACUUCAACAACCUUCAUCUCUUCCCAUUUCUUUAUCACUAUCAUUUUUAUCAAGACUUCAACCAAACUAUUCAUCUGAUCUCUCACUUAACUUAAACAUUGCAACUUACAAUAUUCAAG